AAAGACUAAUUAAAUUGAUUUUGACAUAAUAAAAUAAAAAGUUUAUCUGUUUUGCCAUAUCGAACUUAUUAAGACUUAGAAAACAGAACAAGAUAAUAAAAGCUUCUUGCGGCGGCGAUACAAUUCAACGCCGAGAAAAUCAACAAACCGCGUCUUCUAAAAAGAUCACUUCACAUUAUGAUCAACCUUUUCUCCACCUCCUAAUCUUCCAUUAUCUUUACUAAUCCCCCCAUCAACCCCCUAUUCUGCUGAGAUUUCACAUCGCCGGCGAUGGUUGCUGAUAUGGAACCACGGCAUCAACGCCGACCUCUGUUACAGUUACUUCAGCUUUGUAUCUUCUUCCUCUUCUUUUUUUCUUCUUAUGCAGUCGAUUUCCUCUUCAAUUCUUUCUCAAACGAAUCAAAUGGCACUGAUUUCAUUCUCAUUAGCGACGCCAGAUUCGAUUCCCCUGUAAUCCGCCUCAACAACGACUCAAACCAAAAUUCAAUCGGUCGAGUUUUCUACCACACGAAGCUAAUUAUGAAACCCACUUCGAAUUCCUCAACAAUUUCUUCUUUUUCAACUUCAUUUGUGUUUUCGAUCUUGCUGGAAGUCGCUACUAGUCCAGGCUUCGGUUUGGCCUUCGUUCUUUCCAAUUCUACUUCCCCUCCCGGCGUCAUCGCCGGCCAAUACUUCGGUCUCUUCACUAAUUCCACAACCCACGUGGUUGCUCCACUUCUCGCCGUCGAAUUCGACACCGGCCGAAACACAGAGUUCAACGACCCAGAUGAUAGUCACAUCGGAAUCGAUUUGAACAGUGUGUUGUCGAGUAAAAUACACGGCGCUGGGUAUUUUGAUUCUAAUGGGCAAUUUAUUCCGAUUCAGAUGAGAAAUGGGCAAAACCUUCGCGCUUGGAUCGAAUUCGAUGGGGCAAAUUUCGAAAUUAAUGUCACAAUUGCUCCAAUUGGAAUUCCUCGUCCUUCGAUACCCACUUUGAGUUUUAGAGAUCCUUUGAUUGCGAAUUAUGUAUCGACUGAAAUGUUUGUGGGAUUUUCAGCAUCGAAGACAAAAUGGGUUGAGGCGCAAAGGAUUUUAGCUUGGAGUUUUAGUGACACUGGGGUUGCUAGAGACAUUAACACCACAAAUUUCCCCGUGUUUAUGAGAGAAUCACCACCAUCUCCUUUGUCGCCAGGAUCUGUUGCCGGUAUUGUAAUUGGCUGUGUUCUGUUUGUGAUCAUAGUUUCUGGAUUUGGGUUUUUUUGGUACUGGCGAAAGAACAGAGCAAAAGAAGAAGAUGAUGAAAUUGAGGACUGGGAACUUGAAUAUUGGCCUCAUAGAUUCUCCAACGAGGAGCUUUCACAAGCUACUGAUAAAUUUUCCGAUGAAAAUCUGUUGGGAUACGGCGGAUUUGGAAAGGUAUUCAAAGGAACUUUACCAAACCACACGGAAAUCGCCGUUAAAUGUGUAAAUCACGAUUCAAAACAGGGGUUAAAGGAAUUCAUGGCAGAAAUCUCAAGUAUGGGUAGGCUUCAACAUAAGAAUCUAGUUCAAAUGCGAGGAUGGUGCCGAAAAAAAAAUGAAUUAAUGUUGGUUUAUGAUUAUAUGCCGAAUGGAAGUCUUAACCGGUGGAUAUUUGACAAACCCACAACGCUACUCAGCUGGAAGCAGCGCCGCCGUGUACUCGCCGACGUUGCAGAAGGUUUGAACUAUCUCCAUCAUGGUUGGGAUCAGGUGGUGAUUCACAGAGACAUAAAAUCGAGCAACGUGUUGUUAGAUUCAGAAAUGAGAGGCAGAGUCGGCGAUUUUGGGCUGGCGAAGUUAUACCAACACGGCGAAACUCCGAACACCACUCGAGUUGUUGGGACUUUGGGGUAUUUGGCGCCGGAGAUUGCGACGGUGGCUACUCCAACAGCGGCUAGCGAUGUUUAUAGUUUUGGGGUUGUGGUUCUUGAAGUUGUGUGUGGGCGACGGCCGAUUGAGUUGGCGGCGGAGGAAGAAGAAAUGGUGCUCAUUGAUUGGGUGAGAGAUCUUUACUCUGCCGGCCGGUUGAUUGCGGCGGCGGACUCGAGAAUCAGAGAGGAGUAUGAGGUUGAAGAGAUUGAAUUGAUGUUGAAGCUUGGUUUAGCUUGUUGUCAUCCGAACCCUGAACGCCGGCCCACAAUGAGAGAGGUGGUGGCAGUUUUGAUCGGAGAACAACCAUCAGAGGAGUCGGUUGAGCUUUUAUCGGGAUUGGCCAGUGGCAUGGUUGACGACACUCAAGAUGUUGAUAUGUGAUUACAUAUAAUGAAGCCGUCUCUAUUGAAUCUUUGCAAAGAAAGGUCAGGAGAUGGAAGAUUUUACUAUUUCUACAAAAGGAAAGAUUUUGAUAUUGAUGCCAAAGAGACAAAUUCUGAAGCUUAUGAAUUGAUUUUGACCUACAACCUGUUAAUCGCAACUCGACUUGCUUGACAAGCAAACACACUCAAACAAGUUCUUCCCGGACCGCCGCUGUCGAAAAUCAGAAACUUUAGAAGAAGGAAGCAACCCCAUUUCCUGUUGACACUCGUUCACUUUCUUCCCUUCAUAAACAAUGGUAACCUCGCAAUAUUCUGGUGCAUUCUUUUUCACAAACUCUCCUUUUGUCAUUCUUUUUCCCAGUAGCCUAUCAAGAAAUUGCACUAAUCAGAUGGGUAUUUGAAGAAAAUAAACCCCCAAAAAUGGAUUGAAAAAAAUGAAAGCUCCAAACUUUGUGGAAAGUGGCUUUUUGGUCCCUAUGACCAAAUUGGUGAUAUUGAGCACUGGAAUUAGUUGAAGGAUUGCUUUGGCUGUCGUGUUGCCCUCCAGAAGCAAUGUGUCCACUGUCACCUGAGACAUCCGGAUUUCAAACACAAAGGUUAAGGUUUCGACAUGUUUUAAAGUAUGGAACAAUCUAGUCGGCUGAUGUAUUUAUGUUAACACAUGGACGCUCCGAUAUUUUUAGUGUAACAUGUGUUAGACAUGCAUAGAAUCUUCUUGAAUAAA